UUGAAAAGGUCUUUGCAGAGAACUCAGAGAAGUGAUGAAGUUUUCUUCUUGAUGAACCAAUUAUUAGAAGCUUAGCUUGUUGCUCAUCCUGAAGAUAGAUCAAACCUUGAGACUUGAGUCACAAAGCUGCUUAAUAAAUUAAACAGAAUUUAAGCAGAAAAAGAAAAUUUACAAAGAAAAUGGAUGAUUUUUGGAGCCUGAUUUGUAUGGACUAUGAUUGUUCCAAGGCCAGAGAAACUCCUUUCUGUAAUGAUUUCAAGUUCUUGCAAGAUCAUUCCAAAUGCAUCAACAAUUUGUUGAUCAUUUGCUUUGAUAUCUUGCUGCUGAUCAUGCUGUCAUUCACUAUGAUCAAGAGGACUUCAUCAACUCCAUUUCAUGGCCAAACGCGAGCCGAAAGAUAUUCAAAUUUGCAGCUAGUUUCUGCCACAAGCAAUGGAGUUCUUGGCUUGGUGCAUUCAUGCUUAGGAAUUUGGAUUUUGGAGGAGAUGAUAAGAAAAAACCACACUGCAUUGCCUCUUAAUUGGUGGUUGGUAGAAUUCUUUCAAGGAAUCACAUGGCUUUUAGCAUCCUUCACAGUAUUAAGUCUUUGGCUUAAACAUUAUCCGGUAACAUCAUUGCGCCUUUUUGCUGUUCUUCUACUUUUAGCUUCUAGCAUACUAUGUUCUUUGUCCUUGUUCUAUGCAAUUAGCAGCAGAGGACUCUCCCUGAAGAUAGCUCUAGAUGUUCUAUCUUUUCCAGCAUCAAUCUUAGUGCUGUUAUGCACAUUCAAAGUAUGUCAUUGCGACGAAAAAUGGAAGGAAAAGGAUGAAAAAUUUUGGUGGUUGAAUCCAUUGAUGAAAAAAGGUAAAGAGAAAACACUUGAGGAUGAGGAUAUCCCAAAGCUGCACGAGCCGGAUCGAGCAGAAAGUUGCUAUUCUGUGUUUAUAGAACAACUUAACAAACAGAAACAAAAAGAACCAACACUGCAGCCAUCAGUAUUUUGGACUAUAAUGUCCUGCCACUGGAGAGAGAUUUGGAUUUCAGGAUUCUUUGCAUUUAUUAAGGUAGUUACUCUGUCUUGUGGUCCCCUGCUUUUGAAUGCAUUUAUAUUGGUUGCUGAGGGUAAUGAAAGUUUCAAAUAUGAAGGUUAUGUGUUGGCCAUUUCACUUUUCUUUGCAAAGAUCAUAGAAUCCUUGUCUCAAAGGCAAUGGUAUUUUCGAUGUAGACUCGUUGGUAUGAAGGUUAGAUCUCUUCUCACUGCAGCCAUCUAUAAGAAACAAUUGAAGCUAUCCAAUGCUGCCAGAUUGGAGCAUUCUGGUGGUGAGAUAAUGAAUUAUGUGACUGUUGAUGCAUAUAGGAUUGGAGAAUUUCCAUUUUGGUUUCAUCAGAUGUGGACAACAAGCUUCCAAAUAUGCAUUGCUUUGGUGAUUCUUGUCCGAGCCAUUGGACUCGCGACAAUAGCCUCAAUGGUAGUAAUAAUUCUCACUGUACUUUGCAAUGCUCCAUUGGCAAAGCUACAGCAGAAGUUUCAAAGCAAGCUCAUGGUGGCACAAGAUGAGAGAUUGAAGGCUAAUUCUGAGGCUCUUGUGAAUAUGAAAGUUCUGAAGCUAUAUGCAUGGGAGAAACAUUUUAAGAAGGCUAUUGAAGGCUUAAGGAAUGUGGAACUUGAAAUGUUAUCAGCAGUGCAAUCAAGAAAGGCCUACAACAUCUUUCUCUUCUGGUCUUCGCCUAUUCUGGUGUCCGCGGCUUCCUUUGCUGCAUGCUACUUCUUGGAGAUUCCUUUGCAUGCAAACAAUGUUUUCACUUUUGUGGCAACACUGCGCCUUGUGCAAGAGCCAAUCACAACCAUCCCAGAUGUUAUUGGAGUGGUUAUUCAAUCGAAAGUUGCAUUCGCUCGAAUUGGGAAGUUUCUUGAGGCAUCUGAAUUGCAGAAUGCAAAUUGCAGGAAGAGUUGUGUUGAUGAUAACCUCAGAGGCUCAAUUUCAAUCAAGUCUGCUGAUUUUUCAUGGGAAGAUAAUGUGUCAAAACCAACACUUAGAAACAUAAAUUUGGAGGUUAGACAUGGACAAAAGGUAGCAAUUUGUGGAGAAGUUGGAUCAGGAAAAUCAACUCUCUUAGCAACAAUUCUUGGAGAAGUUCCAAAUACAAAGGGAACUAUUGAAGUUUAUGGCAGUUUUGCAUAUGUUUCUCAAACAGCAUGGAUACAGUCAGGUACAAUAAGGGAAAAUAUUUUGUUUGGAGCAGAUUUGGAUCCACAAAGAUAUGAAGAGACACUUUAUAGAUCUUCACUGAUAAAGGAUCUUGAGUUGUUUCCCUAUGGAGAUCUUACCGAAAUAGGCGAGAGGGGAGUUAACCUGAGUGGAGGUCAGAAGCAGCGAAUUCAGCUCGCUCGUGCGCUUUAUCAGAAUGCUGAUAUAUAUCUCUUGGAUGAUCCAUUCAGUGCUGUUGAUGCUCACACAGCCACAAAUUUGUUUAAGGAAUAUAUCAUGGAAGGACUUGCAGGGAAGACUGUGUUACUUGUGACUCAUCAAGUUGACUUCCUACCAGCUUUUGAUUCUGUUAUGUUGAUGUUAGAUGGGGAAAUUCUACAAGCUGCUCCUUAUCAUCAUCUAUUGGAAUCAAGCCGAGAAUUCCAAGAACUCGUCGAGGCUCACAAGAAGACUGCUGGUGCUGACCAUCAAGUUGACACUCCUUCUUCCAAGAGAGAUUCAACUUCUGGCAGAGAGAUUAAGCAAGAUUUCUUGGAGAAGAAGUUAGAAGCUUCAAACGAAAAUAAGUUGAUUAAGCAAGAAGAAAGAGAGAUAGGAGACACAGGCUUGAAGCCUUACAUUCAGUAUCUGAAUCAGAUGAAGGGAUACAUAUACUUUGCUGCCGCUACUCUUUGUCACAUUUUAUUUGUAACUGGCCAAAUAAUUCAAAACUCAUGGAUGGCUGCUAAUGUUGACAACCCUCAUAUCAAAACUCUGAAAUUGAUCUUAGUCUACUUGUUGAUAGGAGUUGUUUCAAUUGUUUUUAUGUUAAUCAGAACUUUUCUUAUAGUUGCUUUAGGUCUUCUAUCAUCAAAACAUCUAUUUUCACAGUUGAUGAACUCCCUUUUCCGCGCACCGAUGUCUUUUUAUGACUCCACACCUUUGGGAAGGAUACUUAGCAGGGUAUCUGCAGAUAUGAGCAUUGUGGAUCUUGAUGUACCAUUUUUCCUUGCAUAUACUGUGGGGGGUACUACAAAUUUUUAUUCUAAUCUUGCAGUUUUAUCAUUUGUGAGUUGGCAAGUCUUGUUUGUUGCCAUACCACUGGUUUUUGCUGCGAUUCAAUUGCAGAAAUACUACUUUGCUACUGCAAAAGCAUUGAUGAGGUUAAAUGGCACAACAAAAUCAUUUGUAGCUAAUCAUGUAGCAGAAACUAAUGCUGGAGCUGUGACAAUAAGGGCCUUUAAGGAGGAAGAUCGCUUUUUCAAGAAGAAUCUUGAUCUGAUUGAUGUCAAUGCUAGUCCAUUCUUCCAUAGUUUCACUUCAAAUGAAUGGUUGAUCCAACGGUUAGAAACAAUCAGUGCUGUUGUUCUAUCUGCUGCAGCACUUUGCAUGGUUGUGCUUCCACCUGAGACUUUCCCCGCCGGAUUUAUUGGCAUGGCACUCUCUUAUGGCCUUUCACUGAACAAUUCCCUUGUAUUUUCAAUUCAAUUUCAAUGCACUCUAGCAAAUUAUAUAGUAUCUGUAGAGAGGAUAAAUCAAUAUAUGUAUAUACCAAGUGAGGCCCCAGAAGUUAUAGAAGGAAAUCGCCCUCCGGUUAAUUGGCCAGUUGCAGGCAAAGUAGAAAUUAGUAACUUGCAGAUAAGAUACAGGGCUAAUGGACCACUUGUACUCCAUGGAAUUACAUGCACAUUUGAAGGAGGACACAAGAUUGGUAUUGUUGGCAGGACAGGAAGUGGGAAGUCCACUCUUAUUAGUGCUUUGUUUCGCCUUGUCGAGCCGGCCGGUGGAAGAAUUGUAAUGGAUGGUGUAGACAUAUCCUCGAUCGGCCUUCAUGAUUUGAGGUCACAUUUAGGUGUUAUACCUCAGGAUCCUACUCUUUUUAAUGGAACAGUUAGAUAUAAUUUGGACCCUUUGUCUCAACAUUCUGAUGAAGAGAUAUGGGAGGUUCUUGGAAAGUGUCAGUUGCGAGAAGCCGUGCAAGAAAAAGAAAAGGGCUUAGACUCCUCAGUUGUUGAAGAUGGAUCGAAUUGGAGUAUGGGACAAAGGCAGUUAUUCUGUCUAGGCCGCGCCCUUUUGAGGCGAAGUAGGAUAUUGGUGCUAGAUGAAGCAACGGCAUCAAUUGAUAAUGCAACAGAUCUUAUUUUGCAGAAAACAAUUAGAACAGAAUUUGCAGAUUGUACAGUGAUCACAGUAGCACACAGGAUACCAACUGUGAUGGAUUGCACCAAGGUUCUCUCCAUAAGUGAUGGAAAAUUGAUAGAGUAUGAUGAGCCAAAGAAGUUAAUGAAGAGAGAAGGGUCAUUGUUUGGGAAGCUUGUGAAGGAAUACUGGUCUCAUUUUCAGUCUGCAGAAUCUCAUUGAUGAUAAUAAGAAUGAACCUUUUAUGAAAUCAAUUUUGUCUCAUCAUUUGGUAAAUGAAUGAGCCAUAAACCAAUAAAGUUCAAGUCUAUGAGGAUGAUAUUCUUGAACUAUAUAUUGAAAUAUUUCGAUCUAGAUGGCUCAUGUUCUUGGUAUUUGCCAAUGAAAUUAUUAUUUUAUGUAUAAA